AUGGGAAAACCGAAGGAGAAGAUCGACUCACCACCACCGUUGGUUGCGAUACGCGCCCCGCCCCGGCGGAGCCCGCGUAUUCUCGCCACAAACAACGCAGCAUUGCCACGGCCCUUGGCCAACACCAGCUUCGCGGGACCUUCUCCGCCUAUUAGCCCCUCAUGGUGCGAAGGGCUAUCCUUGGAGGACAUGGUGUCAGCCAUAGUGGACGAGGAGGAGCCCAGGGAUCUGCCACACGGGCAUCCCCACCUCACGGCGCCACCCCUACACCCGGACAUGGACGUACCAGCGCUGGUGCCGCUUCCGCGGGCCCCGGCCGCACCGCUCAUCGUGUACAUAGAGAUCUCGGACGAUGAGAUCGGAGAGGUCGGCCCGACGAGCAGCCAGCAGGAGGCGGUGAGAGCGACACGACGGAGGAGCUCCUCUGCCCGGAGCCGGGAGCCUCGCCCAGCCUGGAGGAGCUCAUUGAGCAACUCAGCCCCCACCCAUGGGGGGCCGGCCGCCGACUGCACACUGGUGCCGGCAUCACCACCAGCUGCUCUACGCACGAACCACGCCCCGGACGCCACCACCACGCCCCUCUGCGACAAACCAAAAGAGGAUGCAGCAGGUCCUGGCUUCCCGGGACGGCCCAACGACUUCGGCAGCCGCCAGGAGCCGCGCCACUGCCAGGGCUGCCAUCGCGGCGCAGCCACCCGGCCCGCAGCCCCGCUCCACGAGGGAGCUUACGUCGUGCUAGGACGCACAGUCAUCAACCGGCCCAUCCAGCGCGUACCCCCUCCCCCACGGACGCUUGGCGGUGGAGAUUCCGCCGUCAGCACCAACGCCCAGCAGCCAACCACGACCUCGAGCCUCCGGGGAUUUUGGCGGACGUCAAUCGCCGCCAUCACGCACCAUGGCCAAUCGAGGAGGCGCCCACCGACGACGACUCCGGGACAGGUUCCGAGCCCGAGGAACCAGAGCCGCUCAUGCGGACACCUGAGGGAUGGUGCGCCCCGGACGGAUGGAUUCCGAUCGAACUCCACAACCUGA